AUGCUUGCUGCUAAAGUUUUUUCCCUGUUUAUGCUGGCAGUCACUCCUAGUAUGGGAGCACCCUCCGCAAACUACGCCAGUGAUCUAGUCAAACGACAGACGGGUUCGGGAUUUUGUGACCCUGGUUCAAAUACUUGCAGAUUGUCAAAUGGACAAGUGUAUAAAUGUAAUAAUGGGUACAAUUGCUCGAUUAACGAUGGUGUUUGUUAUUACCUCGAUGGUGUUGUUCUCUGCGGCGAAUAA